AUGUCUUCUGCAGAGAAUCACUGGGGUACGCUGAUCAAUCCCGACAAAAGCCCAGCCCCGCUGUUGGAGCACCUGUGUCUGGGGAUCGCGCAGUUGAUGCCUACAUUUGAUACCAACGGGACGACCGAUAUUACACCCGAGCGACUGGCGAGCUUCUAUCGCAAAGUGGGCGGUAACUACGACCCUUUAUUCCUCGAGACCAAGUCGCAGGCCUUGUCUUUCAUCUAUCAGUCGCUAGGAUGCUUUCAUAGUCUCCAGCCAUCCUCAAAUCCCUACGAACCACCUUCAGUCCCAUCUUUACUCCCCAACGGCUUUGUGCGAUGGCAGACAAUACAACUGUUGAUGGAUCCGGAUGAACAUUCACAGUAUUUGCAAAAUGCUGUUAGUCUAUGGGAUAUUCCAGAUGCAGAUGGUCACAUACUUCCCAAAACAAUUCCUAGGGAUGCGUUUCCCUCUGAACCAGACCCCGAAAUGUUGCAGUGGCAUGAAGGUGUGAGUCGGCGACUAGAGCACGAUUACUUGAAAAGACACUCAAAGCGCGAAUCACCCCCAGACUUUGGAACAUAUCACUACCAUUUCAGUGGAAAGGACCCCCUGCCUGACGAGGAUGAUUAUUUCCGCACUUCAAGGCGCAGUGGAUCGAAACGUCACAGCAACGUGGAACCUGAACGACAUGGACAUCGUCAUCACCGACGCCCCAGUGCAGAAUACCCUGCAUUUACGGGACGUAGACCAGGUGUUAGAUCAGGCUAUUCAACUCCCCGGGUUUCAUCUCCACCCCCAUGGCCUGAGCGCCCGCCCCGCUCAAGGGGUCGAGACCAUGCCGCUUUCCAGAGCCACCCACUUAGCCCCGGGUCUGGCGAGAUGCCGGAUGUUUCAGAUUUAUCGUCUGAUGAGUCCCACCGCAAGGCCGAGGAGCGUGCAUCAAAACACCGUCACCGCGAGCGACGUAAUCUAUCACCCCCUUCCAGCAAUAGUGCCAGGCGACACUCCCACGAGGCCUACAUGCGCAGACCGAUGCGGGAUCUCUCCCCGGCACCUCGGGAACAGCGCCGUAGUCACGAAAGUCACUCCUCAAGAUCCAGCCGAUCCAGCCGAUCCCAUCCUGAAUCAACACCUAGAAUGCACACCAAAGACCGCUCCCGUUCAAGAGCAGGUGCAGGUGUGAAAUUCCGCGAAUUCAUAUUUGGAGAUUCAGUCCCAGCACCAGCCGCCCCAGACCCACCAAUUUACAGAGCACCUACACCACCCCCACCCCCACCCCGAGCAGUCCCGCGGCAUUUAGAUCCUUACGCCGCAGAGGAAAUGAGGCGAGGAAGCUACAGCGGGGGAAGUACAGGCGGCAGCCGACCCGGCAGUGGAGGAAGCGGUUCUGAAAGACCACGAUCGUACAGCAGUGCGGGUUUCCACCGUGCCUCAGGCUGGGGCAGCCCAAGGAGCGCUGCUGCGAAGCGGUACACUCCCGAGACUGUGCACGAAGACCCAGGAUAUAUCCCUUCGCGCAGAGUGCCGAUCUAUGAAUGA